AUGUCCUCACUCCCAUCACUCCGCCGCGCUUCCUUCCUGGACGGCAAGAUGGAUAAGCUGUCCCUCGACGAUCUGACCAUCCGUUCCUUCAGUUUCCCCAGCCCACCCUCCAUCCUAUCUCUCUCGCCGCCGCGCUCAACCCCGCUCGAGCCCGUCACUUCAAAGCUCGACCGCACAGCCUUCCCACACAUUUUCGAAACUGUCUUCAAGUACGCUCCCUACGAGAGUCUGCUGGUGCUGCGCGCAACAUGCUCCGAGCUGCGCGAUCAUGUAGACGAGGUGCUGUUGCACCACAUUGUCGUGCGUGCACCCGCGAGCACGAGUCUUAUUGGGCGGCUGCUCGGUACCCUUACGACGCCGCCUUCGUGCGUCCGCUCCGUGCUUGGACGCAUGCCACGAACAGAUUGGAGCCUAGACGGACAUCUCGCCGAGGCAGUUAGGGUCGUGGACAUUGACCGCGCCGACGGGCCAUGGAACCUCGCCGAGGUGGAUGAACUACGCCGUCUUCCACACGUGGCAGUGGUGCGAUACCGUGGCUCAUACCUCCGCAACAUGGACCCGGAUAGUGGUACGCUCGAUCCGGGGGGCGUACUUGGCUCCCCUGGCAUCAUCGUGCGGAUGCACCGUACAGGUCAUCCAGUUAUGGUACAGUACCCACGCUCCGACGCAACCAUCAUUGCAUGUCCCGUGUAUUAUACGACCACGACGCCACUGCUGUGGUGCAGUAACUCUACCGGCAAGUCGGGGGUCGAAGGCAAGACGGCAUGCGCGUACCUCUUCCAGCGGGUUCAGGACGGCGCGCUACCCGCCGUGGACAGCAUCUACGCCGGACACAUGGUGCGUUCUAUCGCGCAGGCUGCACUGCGUCCCGGCGUGUUAGAUGUCGUUCUCGUCGAGGGCGAGGCGUGGGCCAAGUCGUGGAACGAGCACGCUGGCACGUGGAAUGAACGCCAGAUGCGCAACUCGCUGCGCACCGUCAUCCUCGACGCGGCACAAGAUAUUGCGCCCCGGCCACGAGACCGCGACAAGGUCGCAAAAGUCAAGCGCAAGCUCAAGUUCAUGUCGCUGGAGCAGUACCGAUCCGUGCUUGUUCCCCCCACCCCUCCGCCAUCCAUGAUCGACUGCGCCGCCUAUCCCCACAUCAUCAACUCCAUCUUCGAGUACGCCCCGCACGGCGCGCUCGUAUCCCUGCGGGCAACAUGCCGCCUGUGGCGAGACAUAGCGGACCGGCGGCUGGUACGCCACCUCGCCUUGAUCAAAGGCUACAAGGCCGUGUCCAAGAUGGAGGGCGAGCACCACCACCUUCCCUUUGACCUCGCCACCCGUCCCGACCUCCACCACGCCAUCCACUGCCUGGACAUUGAACAAGAGGCGGAAGAAUGGGACUGGCGCCAGCCAUGUCCGAUCCUGCCGUUCGUCGCACCCGCCGUGAUCCGGAACUAUGGCGGCAUCACGCCAUUCAGCGUUGCCGACUUCCCACGCGGCCGCACUCUCGUCCAACUCGCCCAUGACCGGUUCACACACUUUGGUUCCGGUCCAUCCCGCUGGGCAUUACACCUAUGUCAUUCAGUCGAACGCGUGGUGGUACACUACGCAACACCGCCGUAUGGGUACAAGAACCGCGAGCUGCUGUAUUGCCUCACAGCAUUGAGCACCGAGGUGCGCGAGGUCGUGCUCCUCCUCGACACGGAGGCUGGGGAAGCGGACGAGAUAAGGCUGGCGCUAGGCCGCACCGUCUCUGACCGGGUCACGGAGCCGCUGCGGCGCGUCGAGGCCCGGUCGCCGCCAUUCGUCCUUGUUGCGAAUGGUGACUUUCCCGCCUGGCUCGCGGGUGAGGAGUCGCUCGAGGACGCAGUGACCAAGCUCGUCCGCGCGGACCGGUGUCGCUGGAGCGAGGACGAGGUGCGCGCCGUCACGCGGGGUGCUGUAUCGUGGGAGACGCACGAGGCGUACCGCACGCGUGUGGGCGCUUGGGCGUACGAGCUGGAGUGGGGCUGA